UGCUUGGUAACCAUGUGAUAUCGCUUUAAGAUGUUGCUUGGAGUAGCUUGUGUUUGCAGCCAUGGAGGAAACCUGAUUUGACUCACACACAGAAGCGAAAGUCUCCGGAGGACGCGUACACAUCCACUGCACCUGCAAUUAGAGGAACUACUUUACAAACUGCGCUCUCUUCCACUUUGGGACAUUUCUGAGGGUUUGAUUGAAGAACUGGAACUUGUUUUGGAAUGUGUAAUGACGUUUCAGUGAUUAUUCUACCACGGGCAAAUCUGCAGAACUCUUGCUAAGAAGUUCUGUCUUGGUGUGUGGCCACCGGGAAGAAUUUUCUUUGGUUGUGGUCUGUCACUUGCUAGUGUCGAUGAGUCUGGAUAGCAUUAAACAUUCUACCAUUUCGACUUUGUUUAAUAUGGCAGAUGAUAAUGAACUUAUCGGGGCUUCAGAAUUUAUUAAAGAUCGAUUGUAUUUUGCAACCCUAAGAAACAAGCCAAAAAGCACAGUAAACACGCAUUAUCUCUGCACAGAUGAUGAAUUUGUCUAUGAAAACUUUUAUGCAGACUUUGGACCCCUCAACUUGGCAAUGUUAUACAGAUACUGCUGUAAACUCAACAAGAAACUCAAACAGAAGAUGUGUAGUUCCUUGGCUUGUACUGUAUUAAGAAUGCUGAAGUCUUUUACAUUGUCAAGAAAGAGGAUUGUCCAUUACACCAGCUUCGACCAACGCAAAAGAGCGAACGCUGCCGUUUUAAUUGGUGCCUAUGCUGUUAUAUAUUUAAAGAAGACUCCAGAGGAAGCCUACAGAGCGCUGGUCUCUGGAUCCAACGCGUCGUAUCUGCCAUUCAGGGAUGCUUCCCUUGGAAAUUGCACAUACAACCUAACAGUUCUUGAUUGUUUACACGGAGUCAGAAAGGCCCUGCAGCACGGCUUCUUUGAUUUUGAAACAUUUGAUGUGGAUGAAUAUGAGCAUUACGAACGUGUAGAAAACGGAGAUUUCAACUGGAUUGUACCAGGGAAGUUCUUGGCUUUUAGUGGACCUCAUCCCAAAAGCAAAAUUGAACAUGGGUACCCGCUCCAUGCUCCUGAAGCCUACUUUCCCUACUUCCGAAAGCAUAACGUCACCACCAUCAUCCGGCUCAAUAAGAAGAUUUAUGACGCCAGUCGCUUUACAGAUGCGGGGUUUGACCACUAUGACCUGUUCUUCGUUGACGGGAGUACGCCCAGUGAUGUCAUAAUGAGAAGGUUUUUACACAUCUGUGAAAGUACGGAUGGUGCUGUCGCAGUACAUUGUAAAGCUGGCUUGGGGAGAACAGGAACAUUAAUAGCUUGCUAUCUAAUGAAGCACUACAAGUUCACAGCUGCAGAGACCAUUGCAUGGAUCAGGAUAUGUCGACCCGGGUCUAUCAUUGGACCACAGCAGCACUUUCUAGAGGAGAAACAAGCCAGCCUCGGCAUCCAGGGAGACGUCCACAGGUCCAAGCAGAAGCAGAGGCAGCUGGAUGCGGGCAGGGUCUCCCACAUCAUCUCCAGCAUGGAUGAUAUCUCCAUCAGCGGGAGCCUUUACAAAACACAGAGCAUGGACCGGGUGCAAGAGAAUGAAUAUGUCGAGGACGGGGUUUCAGUAACCCAAGGAGACAAACUUCGUGCCUUAAAAAGUAGAAGACAACCCCGAUCGGCCACAACUGGUGCACUAAGGUUAGACGAUAUGAAAAUGCAUACUCGGUCUCCCUCGCAGCCCUUCAGACUCAAUACCACCACGAGUCCCCAGGGUCCCAUGUCUCCUCUCAAGUCUUCGAAAGUCCCAGCCUCCAGCUCAGCCACCGCUAAGAGAAUAAGCAGAAGCACGACUGCAGGGUUCAACCUGAAAAGCUUCUCCAUAAACUCCAGGCUAGCCAGUUCCCUAGGUAACCUCUAUGCUGCUGACGAUGACUCCGGGAGUAAAAUGACAGCGUCCACUUCUUCUUCUUCAUCACCAUCUUCCGCUACUAGGACGGGUUUCCCCACUAGCCAUUCCACUUAUUCAAAUGGCAGCUCCCAGCCGGCUGCUAGACAUUAUCAUGAGCUGAACAACAACCACUACAAUUGUUCCAUCAUCAGCAACUCCCACUCCAGCAGCACCAGCAAAAGUGGCCUCAACCACAACGGCCACCUCCAUUUCCCCUCCAGCAGGCAGCUAGACGAAUAUGGCACCUACCGCUCCACGAACACUGGCCUCAGUUCUUCUACAGCCCGAUACUUGAGUCGCUCAAUCCCUUCCCUUCAAUCUGAAUAUGUUCAAUACUAAAACUUCUCUACUGCGCUGAAGUCAAAGCGAAUGACACACGAGGAGCACAGGCGCCUGAUUCCUGCGAAUUCUGAAAAGUAUUCCAAGGAAAUAAAAGGACUGCUGCACAUAUUAUGGAUGCUUCUCCAUUUCCCGCUUUGAGAGGGAGGAAAUGGCACUGAAUAAAACAGCUGCCAUACUGUGUGUAUUCCUGGUCUGCACAGGGUAGCCUUGCUGAGGCAGUGUUGUCAUGGUUUUUUCAACCUCUUCAGCAAACCUGCAGUUAAAUAUCACUGUGCUGUUAUAACCUACUGAGAGAGUGCAAACGUGGCAUAAUGACUUUAUUUGAUCAUAUACAGAGUAUAUUAAAAAAAAAAAAAAAACAACACACAAGUUAUUUUGGUAAAUGAAAUGGCUUGAAAAGUGUUUUCACAUUAACUAUUAAUUUGGACAUUUUUUUCUUCUUUCUUAUUUAAAUAAAUAAAUAAAUAAAUAAAAUUACCAAAACAAUAUUUAUAUGAUAUUGGAAUGUGUAUAAAUUAAUGGAAAGAACUGUAGAUCUGUUUUAAAUAUUUUACAUUUUCGUUGGAAUCUAACUAAUUUUUGCUGUUUUAGAUUUGUUUUUGAAACCAACAUAUUCAACUAUUAAAAUGUUUAAAUUUAGAUAACUCCAAAAAAGGGAAUGUAUGAAUUGCAGGCACUGUUUGGUCGCUUAUCCCAAUGAGUGUCGUUGAGCUCUUGAGUCUGUACAAGUGGCUAAUGUUACUUACAAAUACAGCUUCUUACUUUUGUGUGAAAUACUGACACAAUAUACUUUCAUUAUUUUAAAUCCAAACAAUGGUUAAGUGAAUAGCAUGUUCUGUACAGAGUAUAAUAAGCACUUUUCUUAACAAUAAUAGGCCAAAUUUGUUUUAUAAAAAAAGGGGGGGAAAAAAGUGUUUGUUCAUUCCGGAGUGCUUAAUGGUGCACGAGGUCUGUUCAAUUGAGCCAAACAGCAGCGGAUCUAAACCCCAUAGUUUAAAUCAUUAUUAGACAGGGACUUUGACAUAAACAAAAUCUCUAAUAGUGCCUCUAUUUAUUUUCAUCUUUUAAAAAUAGGUCAAAUGAUUUUGUCCUAAUUUGAAUCCUAAAACAGUGGCAGUUUUUAGAUGUGUUACUGUUUGGUCAGUUGAGUAGACCCUCAUGUGAGUUUCUUACUGUGUUAAUAAAGGGAUCAUGCAAACUGGUGCAGAAGACACACACAAAAAAAAAGAUUUAUGGCUGGUUUCAUAGACCCUGAUUGUCCCUGAUCUUGGAUUACCUAAUGUUACCUUAGGUAUGGUAGUCUAUGAUUAGUGCCAGUCAGGGUCUGUGAAACCGGAUAAUAGAAACUUAAAUUUAUCCACUUUGUAAUGGGCCAGAUCUAAUAAACACAAAGGGUGCUUUUGCACAGUUUAAUUUUUCUUUAACAGUAUCCAAUAAAUGUAGGGCUCAAAUGUUUGCCUAUAAUGUUUACUAGGUUAGUAUUAGAAGCCCCCCACCCUCUCCCCUCUCAAUUGGCCUUCAUACAUGUUGAUCUGGUCCAAUGUGUGUCACUGGUGCAGCACCCUCAACAGAGUUCCCUUACUGUCAGUGCAGCUAAUACACCUCCCUCAAAUACAAGGGACAUGCUUUGGGUUGCUAACUUUAUUCUUUGACAUGCAAAACAGUAAAGGAGAUUCCCAACCUGCUAGGAAAAGGAAGCUGCAAUUGAGGGGUGUCCUCUUAUCACUUGACUGCCAGCAUUUUUGGAUUCAUUCAAUUUUUCUCAAAUAUCAUGGAAAAAUACAGUAAGGACAAGUUACCUGAAGAAAACAGUGGGAGUUUCAAGUUAUUCCAGCACACCACCCAAAUUAGAGAGCCGUUAAUAUUUAAAUAAAAAAAAUUGAAAAACAAGGUAGGUAGUUUUAAUAGUCCAGAAAUAGUGACAUGAAAAAAUAUGACAAAACACAAUUAUAAUGAAAAGCAUUUGACUGUACGCAGUAUCCAGUUCUGUAACAACAUCCCCAAAUGAGUGUUUGUAUUUGUUUAUGAAACUUUUAAAUGAAAAUUAUUAAAGUUGUGUUUAUUAUUUAGAGUGUAACCCAGUUUGAUCUUAAUUGAUUAUUUGCAAGUUGUGGUUUAAUACUGUACUGAAUCUAAUGUGGGUCCAGAUACUGAAUAAAAAUAACAAUAAUCACUGUGUCUAUCUGUAUUGUAUAUCAAUAUACUAUACUAUAUAUAUAUAUAUAUAUAUAUAUAUAUAUAUAUAUAUAUAUAUAUAUAUAUAUAUAUAUAUAUAUAUAUAUAUAUAUAAUAUAAUGGGAGAGUCUCUUAAUGAUGAGAUCAUUCUACCUCUUGAAAAUGUAUUGAAAAUAUCAGCUGUAAAAGUAUAUAUAUUUUUUCUGCAGUGUGUGUAACUUCAUUACUAUAGACCAGUAUUUUGCUGUCCUUUUUAAAAGAAAAAAAAUUGUAAACAAAUUUGCAAAGGAAAUCAUGAAAUAAACAGUGAAUUGAA